AUGGCUUCAUCGAGCAAUCGAGCGUUAAGUCGAACGUUGCUCAAUUAUACCCGGGUGGGAUCUCGGGCUUCUGUGCGAUAUACUUCCUCUCAGAGCAACAAACACACCGGAUCUCCGGCUCCAGUGGAGCAGCCGAAGCAAGACAAGAAGACAAUCAAGCAGUCAUCAGCUGCGAAAGGGGAAUCUGCGGCAAAGGAACCAGACAAGAAGCCCAAGACGCAAGCCGAGCUUGACGCGGCAUUGCGGGAGAAGUUGUCGGGGAUGGCAGGAGAUGGAGGAGAGUCCGGAGUGGAAUAUGAGGAUGGGAAACCGGUUUCAAUGAAGAGAGGAGUCCGGAAUAAUAUGUUUCGGUAUAUAUAA